CGAACGCAGGAGCUGAGGAAGGCCGCAGCGCUACGGACUCAGCUAGCACGCGUACAUCGUAUAUACACCACGUACACACACGUACGUGCUAGCGCUUACACGUAGUGUGUAUGGCAAGCUGCGAAUAUGAACGGUGUAUUCCUCGUGGCGUUUUUUGCUGCGGUUUUGUUCAAUGUGCUAUAUUUGCUCGGGUGUGUUCGACCAGCGUUUUCUGCACAAAUGCGAAACCACCAUCAAGGUUUCAGAGACAUUAGUGAUGAAGACUAUGAUAUCACCGUGCCGACGAGACUUGACGCGUCCGGCAUGCCGCGUGCGGACAGCGAGCCGCACUACAGGAGGCGGCGGGCCAUCGAGGAGGCAGAUAGGUGGAAGGGCGGUGGUGACGAUAGCACCUUGUACCGCAUCAAGGCAUUCGGCAAGGAGUUCACGCUACACCUGACCGCGUACAGUGAUUUUCUCUCACCGAAUUUCGUCGUUGAGCAGAUCAUUGACAAUGUGACGUGGAUCUUUCGGCCCGAGGGCCUGCCGGAGGGCAACCUCGCACACUGCUUCUACCGAGGAGUCGUGGAUGAGCAGGAGGAUUCAGCGGCCGCAGUCAGCCUGUGCCACGGCCUG